AAGUUUAUUACUAGCGGUCCGUAAGCGAUGUCAUGUCCGAGACAAAUGAAGAGUAUCCAGCAGUUCUCUCUUUAUCUCACAAAGAAGCUUUCGAAGCUACGAACGAGCUGUUACAGAAGCUAUUAAAUGAUGCUUUACUUAAAGAUUUGCCAAAUGAUGUUACAUCUAAAGACCUAAAAGCCAAAAUUGCUUUAGAAAAAGGAAGAGCUUUUAUAGUUUAUCUAAAGCGAGCAACAGAAACAGGGCUUGAAGAUAUACCUUUAAUAGUCGAUCACAAAACAAAACUUAUUGACUUGAAGUUGAAUAUUCAAAGAACAUUAAGUAGAAAAAUUAAAGAAGAAAAAGGGACAAGUUGUUUGAGUUGGAAAUAUUUUUGGAAAACAUACUGGCUUGUACAUAACAAUGAAAAAUUAACUGAUGGCUCAAAGACUAUGAAGGCCUACGGCAUAAAAGAAAAUGCUGAAAUUAUGUUCGUCAAACGUUUAAGAAAGACCUAAAUUUUUUCAACAACAUUCUUUGCGAGACUGAACUUAAAAUAUAAGAGCUUCUGGAAUGAAGUAUCAAAGCUGAACGAAUGAAUUCAAGAUUUUUUGGGUUGGUUCAAUUUGAUGGAAUUCACAUAUAAUUUUUUUUUUAAUCAUUGUUUUCAUUAUUUUUAAGUUGAGUUUGAUUUGAGAAACGUUAACAGAUAUCAGUGA